AUGGUUUCUACACGGUCAAAAACUAUGGCUGGUAUAAGUGUAAGUGGGCAAGUUGAGCCCUCCAAAAAGGAUGUGUCUGUACAGACCCAUCUAUGCCCAGAGUGUUUGAGCUUAUUGGUGGCUUCAGGGAGUGUUGUGGAGGAGAUCUGCCUGUGGUGUGAACAGGUGAACGACCUCCUUUCACUGGUGGCUGAGCUUAGGGAGGAAGUUGAAAGGUUAAGGAGUAUCAGGGAAAGUGAAAGGGAAAUAGACUGGUGGAGUUCAGCCCUUACAUCUUUAAGGGAGGCCUCUGACCGAGAGACUGAGGACUUAUAUGCCUCCCGCUCUCAGGCAAUAGAAGGGCACCUGGUGGAUGAAGAGGAGUGGAAAUUGGUCCCCAUUUGGGGAGGUAAUAACAAAAACUCCUCCCCAUCCCCAUCAUCCAGCCAGGUACCACUACAAAAUAGGUAUGAGGUCCUAGAACUAGAGACCCAACUAGAUGAUUUAGAAGAAAACUGUCUGCCCAGUGAGCCCCCCAAUUAUGAUUCAUCUGUAAGAUGGAUCACUACCUCUAACAUCAAGAACAAAAGAAGGGUAAUCGUUGUAGGUGGUUCCCUUCUGAAGGGAACUGAGGGCCCCAUUUGUCGACCAGACCCAUCCCACAGGGAGACUUUUGAUGUCGUAGAAAUUGAAACUAAGGAAGACGGAGUUGAAUGUCUAUGGGUAAGAAUUAAGGGGAAGGCCAACAAGGCUGAUACCCUACUGGGAGUCUGUUAUCGUCCACCCAGCCAGGAAAAAGAGGUAGAUGACUUAUUCUACAAGCAGCUAGGUAAUGUUUCAGGAUCAUCAGCCCUUGUUCUUGUAGGUGACUUCAACCUACCAGCCAUCUGCUGGGAACUUAAUGCAGCAGUAGAGAAGCAGUCCAGGAAAUUCUUAGAGGGUGUGGAGGACAACUUUUUGUUGCAGCUGGUGGGUGAACCCACCAGGAAAAAAAUUAGGGAGGCCAAAGCUCAGUUUGAACUUAGAAUGGCGACUUCUGUAAAGGAUAAUAAAAAAUGUUUUUACAAAUACAUUAAUGCUAGAAGGAAAGGCAAGACCAGCCUUAGUUCUUUAUUGGACAAGGGAGGAAAAGUAUCUGGAGAUGAGGAGAAAGCAGAAGUGCUUAAUGCCUACUUUGCCUCAGUUUUUAGUGAGAAGAUGACUUGCCUUCAAGAUACCUGUCUGCCUGGGCUGGUUGAUGGUGUCAGGGAGCAGAAUGGUCCCCCCAUUAUCCAAGAGGAGAGAGUCAAAGAACUACUGAGCUGCUUGGAUGUUCAUAAAUCUAUGGGACCUGGCGGGAUCCACCCCAGGGUAAUGAGAGAGCUGGCAGAUGAGCUUACAAAGCCACUCUCCAUCAUUUACCAACAGUCCUGGCUCACUGGUGAGGUUCUGGAUGACUGGAAGCUGGCCAAUGUGACACCCAUUCACAAAAAGAGUGCAAAGGAGGAUCCUGGUAAUUAUAGACCAGUCAGCCUGACCUCAGUACCUGGCAAAAUAAUGGAACAGUUUCUAUUAAGUGCCAUCAUGCAGAAUUUACAGGAUGGCCAGGGUAUCAGACCCAGUCAGCAUGGGUUUAGAAGGGGUAGGUCGUGUUUAACCAACCUGGUCACCUUUUAUGACCAGGUAACCCGCCUAGUGGAUGCAGGGAAGGCUGUAGAUGUUGUGUAUUGUUUCAGCAAGGUCUUUGACACUGUCUCCCACAGCAUACUCCUAGAUAAGCUGGCAGCCCGUGGCUUGGACAAGAGCACUCUUUGCUGGGUUAGGACCUGGCUGCAUGGCCAGGCCCAGAGAGUGGUGGUGAAUGGUGUUGCAUCCAGCUGGUGGCCAGUCACCAGUGGUGUCCCUCAGGGGUCUGUGCUGGGGCAAGUUCUGUUUAAUAUUUUCAUUGAUGAUAUGGAUGAGGGUUUGGAGUCUUUCAUUAGUAAAUUUGCAGAUGACACUAAGCUGGGAGCGUGUGUCAAACUGUUAGAGGGACGGAGGGCUUUGCAGAGGGACUUGGAAUGGUUGGAUGGAUGGGCAGAAUCUAAUGGGAUGAAGUUCAAUAAGUCCAAGUAACAAGUCCUGCACUUUGGCCACAAUAACCCCCUGCAACGUUAUAGGCUGGGGACAGCGUGGCUGGACAGUGCCCAGGCAGAAAGGGACCUGGGGGUGCUGGUUGACAGUCGGCUGAACAUGAGCCACCAGUGUGCCCAGGUGGCCAAGAAGGCUAAUGGCAUCCUGACCAGUAUCAGGAAUAGUGUGGCCAGCAGGAGCAGGGAGGUCAUUCUUCCCCUGUACUCGGCACUGGUGAGGCCACACCUAGAGUGCUGUGUCCAGUUCUGGGCCCCUCAGUUUAGGAGGGACGUUGAGAUGCUUGAGCGUGUCCAAAGGAGAGCAAUGAGGCUGGUGAGGGGCUUGGAACACAAGCCAUAUGAGGAACGACUGAGGGAGCUGGGAUUGUUUAGCCUGGAGAAAAGGAGACUCAGAGGUGACCUUAUCACUCUCUUCAACUUCCCGAAGGGUGGCUGUGGUGAGCUGGGGGUCGGUCUCUUUCUCCGGGCAACAACAGACAGAACAAGAGGACACAGUCUCAAGCUGCGCCAAAGGAGAUAUAGGCUGGACUUAAGGAGGAAGUUUUUCACAGAAAGCGUGGUCAAAUACUGGAAUCAUCUGCCCAGGGAGCAAUUUGCAUCUGCUGUUCCUCAGCCUUCAGCAAUCCCACAACAAAAGGGUUGUCUGAAAAACCAGGCAAAUUGCAGUGAUAGCCUUGAUGGUGGCCCUGAAGUUUACCCUUGUGAUGGUUCUGCUUCUUCCUCCUCUUUGCUCUCCCAGUCCUCCUUGACUGUUUUUGCCAAAGCUGGUUUGCCCGGUGACGUUCAUGUACUUUUCAGUUUCUCUGCACCUGUUGAUUCCGUUCCAGGGGUUUCAGUGGCAGCGCCGGUCGCUGGCGUUGGAGCAGCCUCAGUGUCUGUCACGGUGGUGGGGCCAGCUGCAGCCCUGCUGCCAUCUCAUUGUCAGGUCCAGAGACCCUCCUGA